AUGGUGUCUCCAAAUGGAGCGCAGAGUCUCUCUUUGGAAACUUUCCAAGGAAAACCCAGUAAUUUCCACAACGUGCGUUUCAUUGAGCUUCUUAAGGACGAGAUAUCCAUUGAAGAAAUGCAGUUUCAUCACAACCCUUCAUCAUGUCCCUCUUCCUCUUCUUCUUCUUCCUCCUCCUCUUCCGCUUCGCACCUUUUCGCGAAUUUCGAUUCCAGCGGGGCGUUGAGUAUGAGAACGUUCGAGGACGACAAACAGUCUGUUCAGAUUCAGCAACAGCUGAUCAGUACUUUAGGAGAUACGGAUGUGAUCGAGAAUUUUUUAGCUCGAAGUGGCGUCGAAAACCUAAGCGCAAUCCCGGACUAUGUGCAGCCAGUCGUGCCUAAUGAUCCGAUGAUUGCGGCGUCACAGCAGGCAGAUUGGCUGCAGUUUCAAUUGGCGUCCGUACAACAGCAACAGCAGCAGCAGCAGCAGAUGACUAUGGUGGAUUCGGGAUAUUGCCCGGUUUCGGAAUAUGAGAGCUCGGUUUUGGACGUUGGUUACUCGGAUCAGAGCAAGCUUUGCACUUCUAUGCCGGAGUUUCCAUUGACGUCUUUGGAUUAUCAGGCGGCGGAGAAAAGGAGUCGGUUGUGUUCAGAUGAUUUGACGGAGAAAAACAUUGAAAAGAAGCAGAAGAGGAUGAUCAAGAACCGUGAGUCCGCUGCUAGGUCAAGAGCAAGAAAGCAGGAAAUUAUGGAGAUACAUGACUUACCUCGGAGUCAAAAUAACAACGUUCUCGAUUUCAAAUACCAAUUGCGACGGACCAGCUCAGCUACCUUCUAG